GAUGCAAGGCAUGCCUCUGAGAAGCCUGCAACCCGUCCAGACAGACAGGAUCACUUUGGACUACACUCCUCAUUUAUUGGUCCCACAUAUGUUCUCCGCCGCUUAGCUGCACGGAUUAGUUUGACGGGGUUUUUAAAGCUGAAAAUUACUCCCAAACAGCUCGCUUUCUGCUUUUUGUUUCUUACUUAUUUAAUCGUUUCUGGAUCUAAAAAGUCGUAGUUCUGUAUUCCCUCCAAAUGCUUCUUCGCCUGUCAGACUCGCUUUGCGUGUGGACAUAAGCCAGUGGGUUCAGUCAGGUGCUUCAACACAGGGGAUCUUAUUUAGGAUCAUUUUUAAAAUUCCUUUCCUUGUCCUGGAGGCGCGUCCUUUAUUUUUCCCAUCCACGAUGGCUGAUUCCAACGCUGAAUGCAAUAUCAAGGUGUUGUGUCGAUUCCGCCCGCUGAACCAGUCCGAAAUUAUCCGCGGAGAUAAGUUCAUCCCAAUAUUUCAAGGCGAAGACACUGUCAUCUUUGGGGGGAAGUCCUACGUGUACGACCAGGUCUUCCCCACUAACACCACACAGGAACAAGUCUACAACGCCUGUGCCAAACAGAUUGUCAGAGAUGUACUCGGUGGAUACAAUGGGACUAUCUUUGCCUAUGGGCAGACCUCUUCGGGAAAAACACACACCAUGGAGGGGAAGCUUCAUGAUCCCCAGGCCAUGGGAAUCAUUCCCCGGAUCGCCCAGGACAUUUUUGAACAUAUAUUUGCCAUGGAUGAGAACCUGGAGUUUCAUAUAAAGGUCUCCUACUUUGAGAUAUACAUGGAAAAAAUCCGUGACCUCCUUGAUGUAACAAAAACCAACCUGUCAGUGCAUGAAGACAAAUACAGGGUUCCCUAUGUGAAGGGCUGCACAGAGCGGUUCGUCACCAGUCCUGAAGAAGUGAUGGAUGUGAUAGAUGAGGGGAAGGCCAACCGUCACGUUGCUGUCACCAAUAUGAAUGAGCAUAGUUCUCGYAGUCACAGCAUCUUCCUGAUUAACAUCAAGCAAGAAAAUGUGGAAACGGAGCAGAAACUGUGCGGGAAGCUUUACCUGGUUGACCUUGCUGGGAGUGAGAAGGUCAGUAAGACAGGUGCAGAGGGAUCGGUGCUGGAUGAGGCCAAGAACAUCAACAAGUCCCUAUCGGCUCUGGGGAACGUCAUUUCUGCUUUGGCUGAAGGAACAAAAUCCCAUGUGCCGUACCGCGACAGCAAAAUGACUCGCAUCCUGCAGGACUCACUGGGCGGGAACUGCCGCACCACCAUGUUUAUCUGUUGCUCUCCAUCCAGCUACAAUGAUGCAGAGACCAAAUCCACGCUGAUGUUUGGCCAACGAGCCAAGACCAUUAGGAAUACCGUCACAGUGAAUCUGGAGCUCACAGCGGAGCAGUGGAAGAAGAAGUACGAGAAGGAAAAAGAGAAGAACAGAUCGAUGAAGGAAACUAUACAAAGACUUGAAGCUGAGCUGAACUGCUGGAGGAAUGGUGAGAAUGAUGUUGUGCUGGGGCAGCUGGGUGAAGGAUCGGAGGAUGCCCGCAUUGUUCCUCUGGAUUUUGACGAGCCAACUCUUGAAUUAUGCAGCCCAUGCACCCCCUGCACUCCUUGCAGCCCCUGCUCCUUAGCGUCAUCCAUUGUGGUUCACAUCUCAGAGGAAGAGCGGCAUAAAUAUGAAGAAGAGAUCCGCAAGCUGUACAAGCAGCUGGAUGAUAAGGACGAUGAGAUCAAUCACCAGAGCCAGAUGGUGGAGAAGCUGAAGGAGCAGAUGCUCGACCAGGAGGAGCUUUUAGCUUCAUCCAGGGGAGACAGCGAGAAGGUGCAGUCAGAGCUCAGCAGGCUGCAAGCGGAAAAUGAGUCUGCUAAGACUGAGGUGAAGGAGGUGCUUCAGGCUCUGGAGGAGCUGGCUGUAAACUUCGACCAGAAAAGCCUGGAGGUCGAGGAGAAAAGCAUGCAGAACCAGGUGCUGGCUGAAGAACUUGGAAAGAAGAUGUCUCACCUCAGGGCUUUAGAGGCAGAGCUGUCCCGCAUCCAAGAGGUGAGCAGCCACCAAAGAAAACGCAUCGCCGAGGUUCUCAACGGCCUCAUGAGGGACCUGCGCGAGUUCAGCACUAUAGUUGGAAGUCGGGAAAUCAAGCUGCCUGUGGAGAUCACUGGCGCGAUCGAGGAGGAGUUCACGGUGGCUCGACUCUACAUCAGCAAGAUUAAGUCGGAGGUGAAGUCCAUGGUGAAGCGCUGCCGACACCUGGAGAACCUCCAAACAGAAUGCAACCAAAAGAUGGAGGAGACGAGCAGAGAGCUGUCGUCAUGCCACCUCCUCAUCUCACAGCAUGAGGCAAAGAUUCGCUCUGUGAUGGAUUGCAUGCAGAAUGUGGAGCUGAAGAAGCGACAGCUGGAGGACAGCUAUGAUUCUCUGACUGAGGAGAUGGCCAACCUCAGAGCUCAAGAAAGCAUGUCACAGAUGACCAAUGGGGAGAACAGCACAUCUCUCCAGAAUCUGUCUGAUAUGAAGAGAGCUCUGGAGGAGCAGAUGAAGUUGCACCGUGAAGCCCAAAGCAAGCAGCUCGGCCGCCUUCGAGACGAGAUCAACGAGAAACAGAAGACCAUUGAUGAAUUAACAGACUGCAACCAGAAGCAGCAGCUGGAGUUGGAGCAACUGCACGACGACUUUGAAUGUCUCAGAAGUCGGGAGCAUCACAAGAGCCGGCAGCUGGAGGAACUGACAUUUCUCUGCGAACGGCAUGAGCAGUCAAAGCAGGACCUCAAAGGGCUGGAGGAGACUGUUGCCCGUGAACUCUACACCCUGCACAACCUCCGUAAGCUCUUUGUUCAAGACCUCACGACUCGAGUGAGAAAAAGUACAGAGCUUGAACCUAAUGACACCGGGGGAUUUAUCACUCAAAAACAAAAGAUUUCCUUUCUUGAAAACAACUUGGAGCAACUUAGUAAAGUUCACAAACAGCUGGUGCGCGACAACGCAGAUCUUCGCUGUGAGCUUCCAAAACUGGAGAAACGUCUCCGCUCCACCGCCGAGCGAGUUAAAGCGCUGGAGGGAGCGCUGAAGGAGGCCAAGGAGGGCGCCAUGAAGGACCGUCAGCGCUACCAGCAGGAGGUGGAGCGAAUCAAGGAUGUGAUGAGGCGCAAUCCUUUCCGCCGCCCCCACGCUGCACAGAUAGCCAAGCCUGUGCGUCCCGGCCACUACCCACUCUAUCCUCCCAUCAACCACUUCUUCAUCCGGGGCUACAGCGAAAACCCCGUCGCUUUCUGCAAUGCCGGCUUCCAGAACAAAAACAACCAACCAGCAGCUCCCAUGGAUGCUCCUCCAGUUCAUGACGCCGAGGCUAGAUUACCUAAGGAUGAGUGCAACCAGAACAGCGCUGCAGAACUCCUCAACCCACAAAGUGACGACGACGGCGACACUCAGAACAACAUGCUUUCAGCCGAAGCAGUAAGCAAAGCAGAGAAGUCUUCAGAAAUGCUUGAUUCAGAAAACGGAAACACCACAGAUUUCAAUGACAACAGCAUGUGUCUGAAUGUGAAUUCUGUGCCCAGAACUGACGUCUGCGACAAUCAGGAUGCAGCCAAACUCUACAAGUUGCAGAAUGAGGCUUCGGCCAGCUAAGGCAGGCGAAUGUUUCUGAGGCCUCCACUGUAAAUCUGCAUGCAGAUGAUCAAUGUUGUUCCAGACUCCUCCUAUCUGCCCUAAACCCACCUGCUGUAAAAAGCCCUCUUUGUGUCAGUUUCCCAUCCUCAGCCUGUUCUUCUCUGGUUCCUUCUUCCUGUUUGUGGGUAACAGUUUGGCAAGCACUGCAUCUCAAACACCUGCCAGCCUACACCUGCUGCUGCACCCGGUCACUAUUACUUGAAAUAGAACGGUCCCAAAAUAGAGAGGUGGGGAGAGAGAGAGAGGCUGCAUUGCAAUCUGUUACCACCAGGGUGUGCUCAUUGACAUUAGGGGCAAACAAUAAAAAAUCWAUUUUAAACCCCAAAGUUAUUGUCAUCUGUAGUAAACUAUACACAAGUUUCUAAAAAUACAAAARGUAAAAUGUCACAUGAAAACAGUUUGAACCUUAUAGUCACUUUAUUAAUGUCAUUCUUUAUACUACAUGUUUAUUUUUGAUGAAACAACUCUUAUGUUGACAUUUUUCAGAGUACAGGGGCCUUGUGUUGAAAUCUGUUAAUGGUUAAAAGAAAAACCCUGAAACUAAAAAUAUUCUAGUGUUUCAGUGGACUUUACUCAACGUUUCUCUCAGUCAGAAGCCAACAAUUUCCCCUGAUUUAACUUGGGGAAGUAAAAGCAUUUAUGUUACGUUUGUUGUAAAAAAAAAAAAAAAAAGAAAAAAAGGGAGUCAUUGAUGUAUUUCCCCUCAUUUUUGAAAGGCAAAGUAAUUGUUAGAAUAGAACUAAUACAGUUUUACUUUCCCUUACUUUAGCUUUUGAGAAAACAUGUUACAAAUACUGUAAUAUUUCUAUUUUUACUUCAAACAGACCCUGUGUACGAUUUUCAUAUUUUGUAUUCAUUUUUAUUCCAGAGCUCUAGUAGAGUUUACUUUAUCUUUUAUUUGAAAGCUGGCAGCUGAUUAGCUGUUGUCACUUUUUGAUGAUCCUCAGUGUCACCAGCUGGUUUGAUAUAAUAAGUAUCAUGGCCAAGAGUUGCAUUUUCCAUUUGUUCCAUCAUUCUUAUCAUUUACUAUUUUAAAAUACAAUCGUUUGAAGCUUAGACAACAUGAUUGGUGAUUCUGAAUAUUCAAGCAGUUUCAUUAAUUUUACUUUUUUCUUUAACAAACAUUUAGUCAGAUUGUUUACCUUUUGAAAAUAUGUUGAUGUGGGCUUCUGGCAAAAAAAAAAAAAGGUAAAAUAAUGUAGCUAAACCUCUUAUCCAGAGAAGGUAGAGCUCUUGACCAAGCACUUUCAUGUAUGUUUACCUCAUUCUUUGAAACAACACUGUGACAGAUUGACAUCCAUUAACAAGAACGUUAUAGUCCCUUCAUAAUGGAUAAAAACACUUAAGGUGUGUUUUAAUUUCAUCCUCAAAGUCUGUGUCUAGUUUCAUUAUGCAACUGGUGCAGCUUGUAUUACUUAGACAUCAAGGUUGAUAAAACAACACCUGCAGUUGUGUUUGACAAAGAUUCUUCAUAUUUGAUCUUUUUACGGAUAAAUGUAUUUUUACAACACAGUAUGUAACACCGCAUAGCAGCGCCUUGCAAAGAUAUUUAUAACCUUUGAACGUCUUCAUAUUUUGUCACGUUACAACCACAACUUUAAUUUAUUUCAAUUUGAUUUUGUUUGAUAGACAAAUUCAUUAUCUAUGUGAAGCAGACAAAAAAUAUAUAUAUAUAUAUAUUGCAAAUUAAAAUCUAAAAAGUGUGGCAGCAUUGCUGCUAAAUGCCACCCAGUCCAAAUGGUUGCGUACAGCAGUCAUCUACUUAGUAAAUAAUCCCCCCUGUGUUAUUUAAUCUUAGUCGAGCAAAAGUUUAUUAGAGAACAUUAGUGAACAAACAGACAAACAUCAUGCAGACCAAGGAACAAACCAUGCAGCUCAGGGAGAAUAUUUUAGUGGUUCACAGCCAAGUUAGGUUUUAAAGUUAAGUUCAAAGUAUCGAAUGUCUCAAAGUCAGCGGAUAAAUACAGAAACAUUCCACACAUUUCAAAUUAUUAUUACUAAAUGAUUUUGAUUUGUAGUUGUGACUAAAUGUGAACAGGAUCAAGGCUAUAGAUACUUUCUACAAGGCACUGCAGAGACUUUUAUAUUUUAAAUGUUGAAAACGUAUCUUCCACUGCAUCAUCUUUCUUUUUUUUUUUUUAGAAAAUGUAAAACUAGUAACAGAUGUUGUAAAUGUUGUUUUUUCAACUGGUUUACAUUGUUUUCAUAUCUGCAUUUUCUCAUGUAGUGUCAGAGGAACCUUAGACCCAAARAAAGAAGUGAUAAAAGAAAUGUUAUCAGAUAUUCUGUGGUUGACUUUUAUUGCCAUCACACAUCAUAAUUUGUGUUCACAUCAUUUGCUGCUGCAAAAAUGGACAAGCAGAAGUUAAAAACAACAUACAGAAACAUUGUUUUAAAGGACUCAUUGUGUAGUUGUUGCAUACUUACAUGUAUAUUAUCCCCAUCAAACUGCUUGCAAAUGAUUGUUAAACUUUGAAAUAUAAUUUCAUCAGAGCAUGGCAAAGUAAAGUUAAAAUGUAGCAACUAUUUUUAUACUCAAACAGUUGGUUAAAGAUAUAGAUUAUUUAUGAUUUGCUCUAUUUUAAAUGUGAUUUAUUUGCUUCCUGAUUCUUCUUUCUUUAAUACUGGUUGUUGAAUGUGAAAUAUUUGUAUUUUGUUGUGUAGAUGUAUUUUUCCAUGCCUUUCAUUUAGUGUAACGAUGAGAAGACUUUGUAUUUUCACCGGUUAUUGAAUGCAUGUGUGGAAGUGUAAUUGUGAUAUGAUUUUAUUAAGGUGAUGACUAAUCUUGCUUAACCACCUCAGACUGAAACCAAAGGAGUUAUCUUGUAGGGGAUCUUUUAAAGAGGAUCUAACCUGCAACCUAUUUGUUGAACAUAUGACAGAGGGGUUACUGUAGGUUAUCAGAAGAUGACAGAGUCCUGUUUUAGUCACUCACACUGACAGAUACAUCUCAUCUCGGCGACGUUUCUGACCUUUGAGAAUGCAGAUAAGUUUUGAGAGCUGUGGUGGCUGCAGUUAGAGAGAUAUCUGAGCAGAUAAAGCAAUGGACCCAAGGUCUCAUAAUGCACAAAUAGACAACAACUGCAAACCGGCCAUCACAUCAUACUUUCUCUGUCGACAUCCUGAUCAGACAGUCAGGAUCAGAGAGUCCAGGUGACCUCCUGGGAACAGGAACUCUAAUUGAAACAUUUUCUGAACUUUAGUUUGCUGUGAUCCCACAACUAUAAAAACACCAAUAAUGCCAAGCAAAUAUAUGGUUUCUUGCAAAAGCAACCACACCAAUUAAGCGCAACAGUUUCUCUGACAAUGCCAAGGUCAAAUUGAAUGUAUUUUUUUGAUAGAUCAGUAUGAGAUAUUUUUUUAAUUAUUUCUGUGGAUAAAACUGCUCUUUUGAAAAGAAGAAAGUAGUUGCAAAAGUCUUAACAUUAAAUUUGCUAACAAUCCAUGUGGGAGACACAGCAAACAUGUGGAAACUGUGUCACAGUAGCUCACCCUGAGCACAGCCCACCCUGUGUGAAACAAGGUGGCGGCAGCAUCAUACAGUGGAAAUAUCUACACAGGGAAGCUGGUCAGAAGAGAUAGGAGCAUUGAAUUAGGAUGGUUAAUUAAUUGUAUUUAUCUAUUACUCUCAACCUUCUUUAUUGCAUUUUAUCUGUUAUGUAGCAUUUGUUCAGUUCAGGUUUUUCCAAGGGGUCAUAAAGGUCAUGAACUUAAAGUCGAGUUUGUUUGAAAAACCAACAGAAAUCGUGUGCUGAAUCUGAACUGUUAACCUACCUUCAGACUGUGAAAACAGAUCUUCUGACAUGCAUCAUAGAUUCCUAUUAGGCCACCUGUGUUUACCUACCAACCAAAAUGAAACAAAUCUGGCAAGAUAAACCUUGUGUGACACUGUAUCCUAAAUGUGAACAAUAAGAAAUGCAGGAGUU